UUCGAUUUGACUAGAGUAAGAUGUGAGUUUGAGUAGAAGAAGGUGAAGCAGGUGGUAAUUUAGAUUCAGUUGCUCCUGCGGCUGGCCUGGCGAAGUGCCACCCUCGGAACGACAACUCAAUCACGCCUUAACAGCAGAAGAUGUCUCCCCACCAACCCAGUCGAGCCGAGAAACAACCAAUCUACCAUCCUCGUCGACUGGACCGUAGCCUACUGAUACUCAGGAUCGUCUGGAUAAUCACUAUCGUCUGGGGGGAAUGGAUCUACUUCGAUCGAACGAUCUCGAGCUGUCAAUGGCCAAGACCAACAACAACAACAACAACUGAACCAUUCCAUCUCCUCAUCAUCGCCGACCCUCAACUGCCUUCGACUGACUACUCCUAUCCCGAUAGGAUCCUGCCAUUGCGUUGGUUGAGUAUCAAGAUCAUCGACCAGUUCAUCAGGAAGUCUUGGAGACUACUCAUCAAGAAUACCAAGCCGCAUGCUGUCGUCUUCCUCGGAGAUCUAUUGGAUGGCGGAAUUGCUGCCAGCGACCCAGCCAAGUUUCAAACUUAUGUCGAUCGGUUCUACCACACCUUUCCAAUCCCAGCAGAUCUCUCGUCAGCACCUACCAGCAACCAAACCGAGCCACCAGCCCGUCUGAUCCAUCUGGUCGGGAACCAUGACGUAGGACUAUACCCAUCCACCUCAUAUGAAAGAUCCGCACAGGCCAGGGAACGGUUCAAGAACACCUGGCCUCCUGGUCUACUUAACGGGCACGUAGAAUGGGCUAACCAUACCAUCAUCUGGAUCGACGCUUUAAGUCUCAUCGAAGAAUCUAAGAGAAGGGCCGCCGGAUUGAGCACUCAGGAAGAUGGCCAAGUCACUCGAUUCGUGAAGGAAUUAGCUGGAGCGGAUAUGUUACUACCUAAGGUCCUAUUGACUCAUGUGCCACUCUGGAGACCAGAAGGGACCUCGUGUGGACCACUUCGAGAGUCUCGACGAGAUAUCCGGCAGGGCGCCGGGAUCAAUUACCAGAAUGAGAUCCCGGAAGAGGCAACGAAAAUGGUCUUGGAGAAGAUUCAACCCAGCUUGGUAUUCAGUGGUGACGACCAUGAUUAUUGUGAGGUGAUUCAUACGCUUCCAUCGACUUCCUUGGCCAAUCCAUCACCGCUCUCGAUCCACGAGAUCUCAGUCAAGUCAUUCUCGAUGGGCAUGGGAGUCCAAGAGCCAGGUUACCAACUGGUGACGCUAUCGAAUCCGGGGCGGUUCGGGCGGGCGCCAGAUGAGCAGACGACAUUCCACCGGCCGUGUCUCCUACCGAACCAGAUCAGGAUCUACACCCAUCUGUACCUGCCGCUGCUCCUGAUGAGUCUGGUGGUGCUCUUUGGGCCGGAGAUUUGGCGGAGGAUCAGAAGGAGGACGAGAGGGGGGACGAGUCGGGAGCAAGCGCGGACCAACGGACUGCCGAUCCACCACCGGGCCCAACGACAUCGCAAGUCGCUCUCCCGGACGCUCAUGUUCACCAAGCCGAUCUCCUCAAGCUCGUCCUCCUCCUCCUCUGCCGACGAGGCUCGCUCGGACGAGGAGGCGGGCCCCCGUUUCGCCAGCCAUCGGGCCCGACGUAGCGCCAGUCUCGGCCUGGCCAUCGGCCUCGGCAUCGACCACGGCGACGGCUUCCACUCCCCCUCGGGCUUGCUCAGUUACCAUUCUCCGGUCGACUCUGGACACGACGACCAACGCUUCUCUCACCCCUCUCCUGCCCUCCCCUUCGACCAUUCCCACAAACUACGCAGAUCCGUCGAACUCACUCAGAACUCUACUGAGCUCUCCUCACAUUAUCCUAGCCAUCACCACAGCCCUAAUGCUUACCCUCCUACACAUCUUUACGGUCGGAGUCUUAGUAGUCGCUUCCAAUCCUCUUCUUCCAUCCCUUCCUUCUCCUCAUUAUCUUCUUCUUCUUCUUUUUCUUCGGAUCACCUUUCUCUUAAGCUGCUUCGGCUCUUCUUGGGCCAUCAACUCUCUGAAAGACUGCGCAAUUGGCUCAUCAAUCAUCGCUUCAUUUCUCCCUCUCACUCCACCGGCACCUCUUCUGUUUUCUCUAAACAUCGUCGGCGUAAAAAGAACAAUAUCCUUUCUCCUCUCUGUAGUGGGCUUCGUAGAUUGUUUGGCUUGGUUUGGGUGGUUCUGUUGGUCUUUUUUUCGGUCUGGUUCUCGUUCGAUCUUUAGAUUCUCUAGACACACACUCUCUCCUUUUUACUCGUCCUUGAUUUUUUUUUUCUUUAUAUUCGUCCUUUUUAUCAUCUGCUUUUCUUACAAAACUCAAUACUUCACCCGCCAGGCCUUCUUUUUUGUUCUUUUCUUUUCUCUAGUUUGUGUGUCUGGGUCCAAACC